AUGGCUCUCUUUUGGUUGGGGGGGAGUGGAAUCAUCCAGCGAAGUUAUUCAGCGGCUACCCGCAGCUCUUACCGUUACGCUACAAUUUGGCAAGAGAUACUGAAGCCAACGUUGCGGAUCUUGUCUUCCUGUUUCCCAACAGAGAUUUCGGGACUUGCUGAGCAGUGUGGAAGCCAGGUUGGGGGUGCCCUGUGUCCGGAGGUCGACGUUGUAGCCAAUUUGGUUGGUGUGGCAACACUAAUGAUUACUGUGGUACCGGCUGCCAAAGCCAGUGCGUCGGCGGCGGCGGCGGAGGAGACCUUGGCAGUAUCAUCUCAAUUCUCAAGUGAGAAGUUUGAUGAGAUGCUUAAACAUAGAAAUGAUGGUGGAUGCUCUGGCAAGGGAUUCUACACUUUCAAUGCUUUCAUCUCAGCUGCCAGUGCCUUCUCUGGCUUUGGCACUACCGGUGAUGCUGACACUCUUAAAAGGGAUAUCGCUGCUUUCUUGGGCCAAACCUCUCAUGAAACAACUGGAGGGUGGGGUAUGCUUGGCAAGCAUAAUUUUUAUGCCUUGGCUAUAAUUUUUAUGUCCAUUAGUGACAGAUCUGAGCAGUGUGGAAGCCAGGUUGGGGGUGCCCUGUGUCCGGAGGUCGACGUUGUAGCCAAUUUGGUUGGUGUGGCAACACUAAUGAUUACUGUGGUACCGGCUGCCAAAGCCAGUGCGUCGGCGGCGGCGGCGGAGGAGACCUUGGCAGUAUCAUCUCAAUUCUCAAGUGAGAAGUUUGAUGAGAUGCUUAAACAUAGAAAUGAUGGUGGAUGCUCUGGCAAGGGAUUCUACACUUUCAAUGCUUUCAUCUCAGCUGCCAGUGCCUUCUCUGGCUUUGGCACUACCGGUGAUGCUGACACUCUUAAAAGGGAUAUCGCUGCUUUCUUGGGCCAAACCUCUCAUGAAACAACUGGUUCGUUUAAUCAGUCUCAAACCUAA